GGGGGGGGCGCUGUUCCCUGCCGCUCGGCGCUGCCCGCCCGCCCCGCGCCCGCCGCUGCCGCCACCGAGGGGUUCCCGGCCGGCACCCCCCGCCCCGCGCCGCAGCUCCCUCCGUUGUAGCGGGGCUGGGUGCUCGCUGCAGGGAGGGGGGGACGCUGGUCCCACGGGCCCGGUGUCCCACCCCGUUACCGUGGGGGAGCCCCUGCGGGGAGCGGGGACGCCGUGCCGUGCAGACCUGCCUCCCCUCCCGCUGCAUGCACAGCCGCUGCCCUCCCUGCCGGGCUCAGCCCAGACCGAGGAGCUGCAGACAGAAGGAGGCAUUAAUCCUACACAUUUUGGUUCAAACUGAGAAUGACAUGCCAGGAAAAAUGUUGAAAACACAGCCUAACUGUUCUGCCAGUCGGGACACAUCCACUUCUCGUUCCCAGUGAAGACUGGGCCAAAUCUGCCCCCAUUCUUCCCUGUCACACUGGUGGGUGCUUUCCAGCCGGGUGAGGCAGAGCACCCAGGAUUAUGGCAACCUCUUCCACCUUCUUCUCUCCUUUCCUUUUCCUGUGUGUGCUGGUUCUUUCUGACAUCAGUCUUGCAGUCUCCCUGGAUCCUGGCACAAAGCUCAAAAAGGUCCCAGAGAAUGCCAACCAUCUUCAAAACCAAGAGAUGUGGCUGCAGCAGCAGCCCAGAAGUGGGCACCACCACAAGCAUGGCUUGGCCAAGAAGGAGAGGGUCCAUGCUAUGCCUUCUAGAGGGCAGCCGGCUGGGGAAGAAGCCCUCAGAAUGGGUAGCGGAGCUCCAGCUGUGGAAGAGCUGGUGGCAGAGGGACAGCCAGCAGCCCUGAAACAGAAUAAGGAUGUGUUCCUGGGUUUUGAGUUCCCUUAUCCUGAGAGGGAGAACCAGUCCCCUGGAUCUGAGAGAGGAAAGAAGCCAAACCGAGAGCAUCGGCGACACAGCCGCAGGGACAGGCUGAAACACCACAGAGGGAAGACUCCUGAUGCUGGACCGAGCUCCCUGUACAAGAAACCUGAAAGCUUUGAAGAACAGUUUCAAAACCUUCAGGCAGAGGAAGCUACAAGUCUGACUCCCACCAUGCUUCUCAUCACUGCACUGGAACUAGCUGCUUCUACAGAAGAGCCUCCUGUACUUCCAGCCACAUCACCACGGUCACAGGCCCGCCUCAGGCAAGAUGGGGAUGUGAUGCCCACCCUAGAUAUGGCACUCUUUGACUGGACGGAUUAUGAGGAUCUCAAACCAGAAAUGUGGCCAUCUGCUAAAAAGAAAGAGAAACGCCGCAGUAAGAACCCCAACAGUGGAAAUGAAACCGUGACGGCUGAAGGAGAGCCAUGUGAUCAUCACCUUGACUGCCUCCCAGGCUCGUGCUGCGACUUGCGUGAACACCUGUGCAAACCACACAAUCGAGGCCUUAACAACAAAUGUUAUGAUGACUGUAUGUGCACUGAAGGGCUACGCUGCUAUGCCAAAUUCCACCGGAACCGAAGAGUGACCCGAAGGAAAGGGCGCUGUGUGGAGCCUGAAUCGGCUAAUGGAGAGCAGGGAUCGUUCAUUAAUGUUUAGGAGAGUGGGACUCCUGUCUGGACGGUCAGGAGCUGGGGUCAAACUGUUUAUACCUAGCAAUGGGAAGUAGAGGAAAAAGUCAAGCAAAUGACUGAAGCUGCAGGCUCUAAACAUGUCAGGUUCCAACAAGACUGAAGCCCAUGUUAAUUAUAAAUAGAGUGGCCUCAGCCUUCUCCAUACCAGGGCUGCAUUGCCCCUCCCUUCCCUCAGCACAUUCCUGUCAUUUAGCUGAGUCCUCCUCUCCCGGUUAGUAAGUGAUGAUUAUGACUACCGUUCUGAUGGUCCUGGCAGGAAAAGGCUUUGCAGUUUCAUCUCCUCCUCUCAACAGAGGCAAGAUAUGAAAGAGCCUUCAGGUCAAAGGGGAUAUGAGCUUAAACUUUCCCUUUAACUAUUGCUUGAGAAGAAAGGUAGAUCCUCCUUAAGGAUCAGAGGUUCCUAGAGGAUAGGAAGCUUGUAGCCUCCAGAUGGAAUCAAAGAUGGGAAAUGGAUCAGCAUGAAGCUGGCUGCCUUGGUGAGAGGGGACCUUCUGACAGAGCUCUUGCUCUCUCCCUUGUUCACUGCUACAGACAUUCCCUAGCUGUCACUAAUGCUUCCUACCUGUCUUCUUUGGGACCAUCCAGUCCCACUCCUUCCUUGCUGCCAGAGAACCACCUGGUUUCUGCAAGGAUGUGGCAAGACAUCCCAGCCUGCAGCUCUCACUCAUUUAGUUAUCCUGCCAAGUCUGUUAUUUUUAAUGAUUAUUUUUAGGAGCUUUCUGGGGAAGUGAUAGUUUUCCUAGUGAGCCAGAAAUGAAGUUUUUUGGUAACAGGAGAUAGGGACAGGCUGUUCCAUUGUAGUAAAUCCUGUGACAUGUUGCAUGUGUGUUUCCAUGAUAUGUAAAUAAA